AUGACCGUCGCCGAUGAAUACACUACUGCCGCCAGCGACAUCCUGGACGCCAAAAGUACAAUCCAGAUGCUUGCAGCCACCUGCCGAGGAAUCGUCCAAUCUCAUGCACAGGAAUCAUCCCAGGACGAGAAGCCUCGAAACGUCUUCCCCUUCUACUACUAUGGCGAAAACGGUAUCCGCAAACUGAGGACCCCAAGCCCCAACGAGCGCCUGUCGGACCAAGUGGUCUUCGCCAUCAUCCAAGGUAGGAUUGGAGGGAUGUGUCGUGGGAAGAUCUGGCCGAAUGUCUUCGACUCAGAUGGACAUAUCAAACGAGAUCGAAUUCCCCGAGGCCCACCUGUCAUCUCAUGGGCAAAUACAAUUCCUUUCUUUACUGUUUACGGAGGAUACUACAUACUCGGCGGCGACUAUCUCGCCCAACGAAGUUGGCUGCUGAGUCCCACUUCAACCCCAAUCUACCCAGGCUGUCUCGCCGGUCUGGUCAUUGCCUCCCCGAGUGCAAUCUCGAACGAUGUCAUGCUCCAAUCUGAACAGAUCCACGCCUUCCAGGUGGAAUCCUGGAAGGAAAUCAACUGGGAGCCCAAGACUGACCUGGAACGAACCCAGAAGAACUUCACGACCUAUACCAAAGACCACUCCCGCCUAUCCCUCAUCUUCUUCGCCAAUAACUCCUUCGGUUUCGCCCCAGUCCGCGAAGUCGCUGGUUAUCAUCUUAACCUCGAUCCGGCCGAAACAACCACCGUGUCUCCUACGCGGGUAGCAAUUGGUAUGUGGAAUGAGACCCGUCUCGAGCGAUACGUCAACAAUAGGAACGUGCAAUUUCACUUUCCAAUUCAGAAGUUCCCGCUUUUCUUCAAUGAGGCGCUUGACCAUCCAUUGUCAAAGACCCAGUCCACCCUGGAAUCACCACUGAAGAAUCUCAAAUUAGAAUCUGAAUCUCCGAAGAAGAAAGACCCAGUCACACCAGUAUGCAGCAGAACCAGCCAAGGAAAUACCACUCCCAAACGGCCAAGGAACGAUGGACUAGAUGAAGAUACGCCCUCCAAAAAGCCCAGGCAACUCAUAACAUACUCAAGGAAAAUGCAAAGUCAACAACAAACUCAACAGAAAAAACAUAAUGACCAAGAUCACCUGGAAAAGGAACAGGAACAGCGACAGGAGCAGCCGCAAGAAAAGCAAAGACAACCCCCAAUUGGAACCAGCCCAAACACAGCAAAACAAAUCGGCCAAGCAUUCACAACCGAAUUUAAAAUCGAAGAAACAUGCCUCGCCUUCGACGAUCUAACAAAAGUCUACAACGAAAUCAUUCGAAAUCGCGAAGCCCUGAAUACAUCCCCCGCGCGAGCCAUCAUCCAGUUACACAAAACCCAACACGAAAAACAUGCCAAAUACCGGGAUCUCCUUGAGUCUGUGCAAAAGGGAAUUCGGGGGAAGGAUCGGGCUGUGAAAUUAAUCUUUCAGGAUAGACUUGCCGCUGUUGCUUUUCCGGAUGGUGAUCGGGUUCACAACGACAAGGACAAGGACAAGGGGGAGGGGGAGGAAGAGGUUAUGGAGUUGGAUCUUGUUGGGAGUUCUGAUGUCUCUCUGGACUUGACUCUGAGUCCCAGUCCCACGCCUGCUUUGGCUGGAGGCUUGGAUUUGCCUACACCCAUUUCGAUCGAUGGGGAGGAUGUUGAUUAG